GCACGCUCUUAAACUCCAUUAAAAACUUUAAUACAUAUAUAUAUUGUCAACCCAUUUCCCAACUGAAAUCUAAAUCCAUUCUUCCAAAUUUCCAAACUUUAAUUUUAAACUUGAGUCGUGUCUAGAGAUGCAAGGAGAUACUAAUAAUAACACUAGUGUUUGUUCUUCGACGGUUUCGUUUUGUCCCAGCUUCAACAGCUACUCCUCGAGUAAACUGGUUGAUAUUGCAGUCAAGGUUGCGGAACGACAAGAAAACGAUGUUGUCAACAGUGGUAUUGCGGAGGAUUUCGAGUUUGUUUCCGACGGACGGGUGGGUUCUGACGCACGUGAGUUGUUCGUGGAUGGGCAGAUCCGUCAGGUUUUUCCAGUGUUUAAUCGCGCGCUUUUGUUGAAUGAAGAAGAUGGGUAUGAUAAUUAUACUACUCCAAGGAAGUUGAGGGUUUCGUUGAAGAAUCUGUUUGUUGAAGAAGGAGGAGGAGGAGGAGGAGAAGGUCCACCACCGCCGUCUUCACCGUCGUCUUCGGAGGAGGACGAACUUGAGGCAGUACCGGAGGACACCUACUGUGUUUGGUCACCUAAAAGAAACAAUAAGGUUGCAGCAUCGCCAAAUAGAAGCAACUCAACCAGUUCAACGUCGUCGUUUAAAGGGUGGUUCAAGUUUCCUCGUUUGCUCAGAAGAAGCAACAGUGAAGGAGGUCACAAAGAUUCCUUCCUCUUUCUUCAUAAAAAGAAGACGAAUGCAGAUUCCGAAGCUCCGAAACAACAGGGCUCAAAAGAAGGUAUGGUCAAACGAGGUGGUUAUAGUAAAGUCAAACUAUCGCCUCUCCACGAAGUGAAAUUAUCGCCUUCGCAUGAAGUGUUUUUCAUGAAGAACAAAGCAGUAAAAGAAGUUGAUCACAAGAAGAGAUCGUCAUAUUUGCCAUAUAAACAAGAUUUACUUGGGUUUUUUGUGAAUAACCAAAAAGACGAUAGUGCAAUUCAUUCCUCUUCUUCUUCUCCCUCUUCGCUGUCGUUUUGCCCCAGCUUCAACUGCUACUCCUCCGCUAAAUUAGUCGAUAUAGCCGCCAAGGUUAGCGAAGAUGAGCAGCAGCAACAACAGCAAAACGACGACGAAGAGGAUUUCGAGUUUGUUUCCAUAAAAAAUGAUGCUGACGCGUGUGAGUUGUUCUUCGACGGUCAGAUCCGUCAUGUUUUUCCGGUGUUCAAUCAGGAUCUUUUAUUAGAUAAUGAUUAUAAUGAUCAUGAUGAUCAGAAGAUACGGCUCCCGAUGAAGAAUCUGUUUAUCGAGGAGGGUCCGCCGUCGUCUUCGUCAUCGGAUGCCGACGAACUCGAGGGCUUACCCGAGGAAACGUACUGUGUUUGGGUACCAAACAAAAACAACCCAGUUGAAUCAUGCCCUUCUCCUAAUAGAUGCCAAAAGAGCAACUCAACUGGGUCAUCGUCUUCAUGGGCGGCGGCGGCUAGAUCAUCAAAACGGUGGCUCAAGUUUCGCGAUUUGCUUAAGCGAAGCAACAGCGACGGUGGCAAAGACUCGUACGCUUUUCUCAAUAAACCAAAAACAAAUUCUCCUCCUGAUUCGAAACCGAAACAGAGCAACAGUGAUGUCAAAGCCACCGGUAAAGCGAAAACCGUGUCGGCACACGAAGAGUUCUAUGUGAAAAACAGAGCCAUGAAACAAGGCAACAAGAAGAAAUCAUAUUUACCAUACCGACAAGAUUUACUCGGAUUUUUUGCUAGUAAUGUUAACAGCUUAGGCAAAAGUUUUCCACCAUUUUGAUGGAAUUCGAACUGAAAAACAACAGUUGAUGAAUUUCAAGAGUUUAAUUUAUUUAUUUGUAAAUUAUUUUGUAGCUAGUAUUAAAAAUGUAUAUAUAAAUAUCAUGGUUGCCUAAAUCAAUAAAGAAUAAGCACUGAUUUGCAGAUCA